AUGAGCGUGAUCAGCCAGCUUGCCGAGUCGUCGAAGCAGAACCCGUUCAGCCUGCCAGUCAGGUCUGGAAGCUGCGGAAGCGGAGCCCCAGCUCCAGGUAAGACUCAUCUUUUCUUUUUGCUGUAAAAAUGGUAUCCGAUAGCCUCCUGUGCCCAUAGAGAUCGUGAUCCUACUUUUUCUUUCAAAAAAAUACCGCGCAAUUCACGAAUUUCCCACAAAAAAAGUAGAGCGGCGGACGGUACCGUCUGUUCUAUGCCCCCGCGACUUUCCCGUGCGUUGCAUGUGCACUCGAAGAGGGAGAGAAACGAGAGACCGCCGGCGAGACAGCGUGAGACGGGAAUAGACCGCAGACGGACGUGGCCUGCCGAAAACGUGGCAACCGUCAACGGAAAAGGAGGGCAUUGAGGCAAUUCCCUUCUCCGCCACGUCCGUUCCGUUUCACGUGGCCCCCAGGACCCUAGCCACGUAUGACCCCACAUGCCUAAACGGAACCACGAGCACUGUUAUCACCGCCUUUCGAUGACGUCGGAGACCGAGGAGAAAGCGCUUCCGUUCAUCGCUCGUGCCAGAUCUCCACACGUUCGAAAUGGACGGCUUGGCGUUAUUGUAAUCUUUUGCAUGUGGAUUAUUCUCUAUUUCUGGGGUGUUACCCAGCUAGUCGACGGGUUAAUGGACUGGUUUGCCUAUAGUUCAACGCAGUAUGUCGCACGGGUUGCUAUCGGAGCCGCUACCACAGUGGCGUCGGCUUAUGAAGGUUUUUGUCUUGAAAUUUCUGUUGAAAUCAUCGUAAUAUUGAUUUUUGCAGCUGGACAAGUCGAGUUCGGAUCUGGCAAAUACUACGCUUUGUGUGCUUUCGGAGGAGUUCUCUCCUGCGGAAUCACCCACACCGCCAUCGUGCCACUUGAUCUCGUUAAGUGCAGAAUCCAGGUCAACCCGGAAAAGUAUACAGGAAUCGCCGCCGGAUUCCGUACCACCGUCACCGAAGAGGGAGCUCGCGCUCUCGUCAAGGGAUGGGCCCCGACUCUCAUAGGAUACUCUGCCCAGGGACUCGGAAAGUUCGGAUUCUACGAGGUCUUCAAGAACGUCUACGCUGACCUCAUCGGAGAGGAGAAUGCCUACCUCUACAGAACUUCCCUGUACCUUGCUGCCUCCGCUUCGGCCGAAUUCUUCGCCGAUAUCCUCCUCGCCCCAAUGGAGGCCACCAAGGUCCGUAUCCAGACCGCUCCAGGAGCCCCACCAACUCUUCGCGGAUGCGCUCCACUCAUCUUCAAGACCGAGGGACUCAAGGGAUUCUACAAGGGACUCCCGCCACUUUGGAUGAGACAGAUCCCGUACACCAUGAUGAAGUUCGCUUGCUUCGAGAAGACCGUCGAGGCUCUUUACCAAUACGUUGUGCCGAAGCCGAGAGCCGAGUGCUCCAAGGCCGAGCAGCUCGUCGUUACUUUCGUCGCCGGAUACAUCGCCGGAGUGUUCUGCGCGAUCGUCUCGCACCCAGCCGACACUGUCGUCUCGAAGCUCAACCAGGACUCGCAAGCCACCGCCGGAGGAAUCCUCAAGAAGCUCGGAUUCGCCGGAGUCUGGAAGGGACUUGUGCCACGUAUCAUCAUGAUCGGAACUCUCACCGCUCUCCAAUGGUUCAUCUAUGACUCUGUCAAGGUCAGUUGAUCCAUUUCGGAUAGAUUUUUGCAAAAAUGUGCUGAUUUUCAGGUCGCCCUCAACCUCCCACGCCCACCACCACCAGAGAUGCCAGCUUCUCUCAAGGCCAAGCUCGCCGCUCAACAAUAA